AUGGCGGAGAAGUACCCCGAGGCUCAAAUAGUUGGAACGGACCUCAGUGCAAUCCAGCCUGGAGCUGUCCCACCUGGGGUGCAAUUUGAGAUUGACGAUUGGGAUGACGACUGGACGUACUCGGCACCAUUCGACUUCGUGCACAACCGCUUCAACUGCACUGCCGUAAGCAACUGGUCGCAAAUAUGCAGCAAAUCGUUCGCCGCGCUGAAGCCCGGUGGAUGGAUCGAGCUCGCAGACCUCACAAACCCUCCCCACUCCGACGACGGCUCCAUCCCCAUCAACAGCCAACUCUGCCAAUUCUUCAUCGAACUAACCGAAGGCUGCUCAAAAGCCGGCCGCGACUUGCACGCCCCAAAGAAAUGGCCCAGCUACGUCUCCGAAGCCGGAUUCACAAACAUCCACGAGCGCACAUUCAAAGUCCCCAUCGGCGGCUGGCCCUAG